ACUCAUAGUCUCUUACGUACUUACGUCCUAUCGCAAAAUAGCUCCAGAAUUAUAUUUCGCUUAUUUUGAUCGCAAAUUCUUGAAACAUCAAGAAAUCAACACAAAUAAAUUGAAAUGAAAUAACAACUUUUCAAAUUAUAAAAUGAACAAAUCUUGGAAAACAUUUGAUUCUCUCAUUAAAUCACCUAGUGCUAGAAAGUCAUUACGCAAACUUUCGCCUCGAACCGCAACUAAUGCAUUGAGAGUAUUUGCCAAAUUGAGAAGAACCGGUCAAGGUAAUGCAGAAAUCCAUCAGGAUAAAAAUUUUGGCAAAAAAUUGUUUCGCUCCAAACAGGUUGUGUCUUUAGGUGACGAAUCUAUAAUAGAGGACUUUUCUGAUGAAGAACAUGAUAAAGCUACGUCUAACACAAGGACAAACAUUGAAUUCACAUCGGAUUCUUGUGAGUUAUCAUUACAAGCGUUUGAAGUAGUAUCGGAGCAUCUACAAGCAGAUGUCGACGAUGUUUCUGUUAGAAGAUUAGAAAAAAUCCAUGAGACCGAAUCCUCUGAAGGUUCAGACUGCGAAUCUAUUCAGUGUAAACGUACGAGGAAAAUUAAGCUAAAUUUCUACAGACAGAGGACACGAAGGAUAACCGAUGAUCUGUUUAUAAUACCAAAUGCUACAGAACGGACAGAAAGUUGUAAAAGAAAUUUGUUAGAUACAACUCAUGGAGGAAGCAAGGAAAAAGGCUUUUCGAAGAUAGUAUGCGAACGACAGGUUUCGAAUUAUAGAAGUUUUGAUCGAACUUUUAGAUCAACAAAAAAACUUUCUGAAACUUGCCAAAAUUCAUCACGCAAUAAAUGGUCUUCUUUAAACGAAACCUUUAGAUCAAGCCUACCAGCUGAGAUUGAUGAUCCUAGUUCUUCCCCAGAAUAUACAGAGAAUGCAAACGAAAUUCUGAUUCAGCAGGCUCCGGACAAUAAGCAGAGCUCUGUUGCACUUCAUAAGAGUAACUUGUUGCAGUUCCGACCGCAAAUGCCAAAAGUGGAAUUGCGCCAGGAUUGUCAAUUAUCGCGGUUGAUCAUGAUACUGAAUGAAAGAAAUUCAAGACGAGACUUUUGGCUUCAUGAAUGCCAGACGAAUUCAAUGAACGGAAACGGACCUUACAUAGUUGAAUCUAUUAUCAGGAUUUUUGGUCGAACUGCUAUCACCUACUAUGACACAGAUCGAGAUGAUCCAUCGAUUCAAUUACAACACAUUAUAUAUUUGGAUCCAGCCGAAAAGCAAUUAAAAUAUAUUAAAAAAGGAUCGCUAAUAGAGGUUGAAUACGAUUUGGAAGGACACAAAUUGGAUGGACAAAAAAUGACACAUUUGGGAGUGUUCAAAAUAAAACUUAAACGAAGCUAGAACUCGAUUAUUUGAACGAUUCUUAUUUACUUCAAUAUU